UACGGACAAAGGAAAGCUGUAAUUGUGCAGUUGACUUCAAAGGACAAAACUACAACACUUGAGAAAACACUACUGCAACAAACUAAAGAAAUCUACGUGGAUUAGUUCUGGUGUUAGAUAUGUAACGCAACGUGAAACUUGCUGUGACAUUUGAGACGAUUUGUAGCCUACAUAUCCACUCGGAGACAAAAGAGAAGACUUGGUAUAGCCUACGUAAAAUAUAAGACUGGGAUUUUACAUAGACACAACGUUUUUUCUUUAGCAUGGGAAGAGGAUCCUUCCAUGAGCACUAAUAAUGUAUCCACUACACAAAGAAAGGGAACAGCCCAUCUUCAGCGCCCGUGCGCACGUGUUCCAGAUUGACCCGGCCACCAAACGCAACUGGCUCCCCGCCAGCAAGCACGCCGUCACCGUCUCCUUCUUCUUCGAUGCCAACCGCAGUGUCUACCGCAUCAUCAGCGUCGGAGGAACCAAGGCCAUCAUUAACAGCACCGUGACCCCCAACAUGACCUUCACCAAGACGUCACAGAAGUUCGGCCAGUGGGCGGACAGCCGGGCCAACACCGUGUAUGGCCUGGGCUUCGCCACAGAACAGCAGCUUCAGCAGUUUUCAGACCAAUUCAAGGAAGUGAAGGAGGCGGCUCGAUUGGCCCGGGAAAAAUCCCAGGAGAAGUUUGAACUGGCCAACCCCGCUCUGAACAUCGCAGCCCCUCAGCUCCCCUCCCAGCUUUCUCAGGCUCUCUCCGAGGACCGCCACUCCCCCCCGCUGCUGACGGUCAAUGGCCCUGGGGAGCUCCUGCGCAGCAAGAGCGCUGACAUGGAGAUGACGUCGGAGAAGGAGCACAUCAAGAAGAUGCUGUCAGAAGGGUCCAUAUGUGAGAUCAACCUUGAGGCCGAGUUGUUCACCCUGCAAGACAGCAAUGUUAAGCUAGUGGCGGCGCUGCAUGAGGCUAACAGUGGCGCAGAACAGUGGAAGAAACAGCUGGCUGAGUACCAGGAAGAGACGGAGAGACUCCGAGAUCAGGUGGCAGAGCUGGAGGUGCAGAGCGGGCAGCUGGGGCCCAGUGAUGGAGGCACCAGGGAUGAACUCACUCAGUCCCUGGAGGAACUGGAGGCCCUUCUUAAAGCUAAAGAUGAAGAAAUUCACAAUCUACAGAGCAAGAAACUGGAUGUCCAUAAGUUGGAGACAGAGAGAGAGGAGGCUGUUCAGAGACUUCAGGAGAUCGAGAUGCGGAAUGCAGAACUGGAGCAGCAAGUUCACAGCGCGGAGCAGACCCUGGCCUCCUCUGCGGAAGAGAGGGAGCAGGCAGAGGGCGAGCUACGCCGGGUCAUCGACGUCCUUGACGUGAAGAUCUACGACCUGAAUGACCUGCGACAGACUCUGGCCAAGCUCAUUGACAAAUAACCACCAUAGUAUAAAAAGUCUGAAUAUAUUGCCUUCCCUGCCUUCAUCUGUACUUAUCUUUAAAAAAAGGCAUGAAAGGUGAAAGUAGCAUAGAUAAUAUCUAUCAGGAGCUAUGACUCAUCUCUGUUCAUGUGCUCAGUGCAGGUGAAGAAAGAAAAGGAAGUUGCUUAAGGCUAUUGAGAUGCACCCAGUGGAAGACGUUUCGACUGACAAGGAAGCUUGCUCUGAAUGUUGUUAGCUCAAGCACACCUCAGGUGUGGCACCUUGCAAUCACCUACUCCCACUGUACAGGUAACUAAAAGGACAUGUUCACACAUGGUUUCAUAGGGCAGUGGUUCUCAACCCUGGUCCUCAGGUACCCCCUGUCCUGCAUGUUUUAGAUGUUUCCCUGCUCCAACACACCUGAUUCAAAUGAAGGGGUUUUUAUCUAGUUAUGCAGAAGCUUGCUAACGACCAUUCAUUUGAAUCAGGUG